AUGAGAGCUGAUAACAUCAACCCCAGGACUGGGCUGGUGGUGGCUUUGGUCAGCGUCUUUCUGGUCUUUGGUUUCAUGUUCACCGUGUCCGGAGUCAGGGGAGAGACUCUGGGGGACAUCCCUCUCAUUGCCAUCGGCCCUGCCAUCUUCCUGCCAGGACUGGCUGCCAUCCUUCUGGCCAAGAAAACGGACGGCUGCACCAAGUGGCCCAGAUGCAGAGAUCUCAUCCGCAAAAGAGGCGCAGAGGAGCAGCUGUUGGACGGGCCGAGCGCCGGGGGCAGUUGGCAGGAUGCGUCCAAGAACUCCACCAGGUCCCACACCCCGGACGUGGAGGAGGGGGGCUUCGGCGCGGACUCCAAGAGCUUGAUCAGGAAGAGCGACCAAGAAGCGGCCAGAAAGUACCUGGAGACCUACUACCCGUCCGAUGUCUUCAACUACUGCGUGUUGGACCGCCCCUGCUCGAACCGGGACAGCUCCUUCUACACGAGUGUGUACUCGACCCGGGACAGUGUGAUCUACUCUCCCCGGGACAGUAUACCCUAUGGGAGGUACUAUUGCUGCUAUCCCAGCCCCGGGGAAGCCCGUCACGUUAGACUUUGCUGGGACUACGAGACCGUAGUGUGA